UAUCCGGCACUUCUAUGGUGAGCGACUAAGCGAGCUGACGUCAUCACGCAACAGCAGCCUGAGCGAAAAAGUCUAGCCCGUGUGUUCGAGUGAUGUCAGGAACUGAACUCAACGAACGCUUUUUUUAAAAGCCUCAAGAAGUGAAAGAUGGGAGUACCCGGAGUACCUGCAGCCAAAAACCUAAAGCUGAAACUCAUCUUGGCGAUGCAUCGAUACUUCACCUAUCCACUUGAUUUUCAUCAGAGUUAUACAACUGACCUGAUCAUCUCACUGUCAGAACUUGGACUAUAUUACAGAAUCACUGGCGAGUGCGAAUUUUUGCAUUGCAAUUUUUGCCAGUUAAAAAUCAGUCGAGAGAAAUUUGAGGAGUAUUUGUCCAAAGGAAGUGCAGACGCUAAAAAUACGAUUUACAAAAGGCAAAAGGAUUUGAAAUGUAAACUUCUCGAGCAAAAUUCAGAAAAUUUGCCUAUGGGACAAAAUGUUGAAAGCAAGCUGAAUCACAAAUUCGAGGCGCAUCGUCUGUAUUCCCUGCUCCAAAAACUCGACUGGCAAUUUGUGGAACCGUUUGGCUUGGCAAGGAGUGGCUUUUAUUACACCGGGUACGGUGAUAACGUCAGAUGCACUUUUUGCAAUUUGGAAGUGUGCAAAUGGGGGGCGGGAGACACGCCGGACGGAGAGCACAAACGUUGGAACUCAAAGUGUCCUUUCAUGUUAAAAAACCACAUCGUCCCCAAUAUUGAAAUCGGAAGCGAACAGUUGAAUGUUUCCCAUGACUGCUUGUCCGCCGGACACAGGCCUUGCCACAUUUCGAAUCCAUUCGCCUCGAAUGAGACACAGUUCAAGGAGUACGGGCCAAAUUUUAAGUUUGUCAUAACUUUGAACCACUUUCUUAUUACGCCCAAUGAUUUGAAUAUAAAAAAUUGGUCUUCGCCUUUUCACCCGAGGUACGCAACCUUGAGCAGCCGAAACGAUUCGUUCAAGGAUUCUUGGCCGAAAAGUUGCACACAAACACCAUUAGAAUUGGCUCGAGCUGGUUUUUAUUCCACGGGAAUCGAGGAUCAAGUAAUUUGCUUCCAUUGUAACGUAGCUCUGAAAGAUUGGGCCGAGAACGAUGACCCUUUUAUCUUACAUUGUAAGUGGAAUCAAAACUGUCAGUAUUUGCUAAUGUGCAAAGGCUCUGACUUUGUGCAGCAAGUUUUAUAUCCUAACAAAAACAGGGAAAUUACGAACUCAUCUACAGAGAACAAAGGCGAUGGAGAUAUGUGUUGCAAAAAAUGCAAAUUAAAUAUUGUAUCCAAAGUGAACCUGCCUUGUGGGCACAUGACAUUUUGUAGUACCUGCUCUUCAGAGGAGUCUUGUACAGUUUGCAAUAGAGACAUUAUUUCAGAAAUCAAAGUGCUGGGAUUCUCAUUCAGCGAGACUGAGAAGAAAAGCAAUGAAGAGCAGCCUCUCGAGUCUAACUGAAGAAUGUUCGCGGUUAGAAAAUUAUUGAUUUGGCCAAUCCGAAUUACAUGAUAUAUCAUUGUAUUGUAUUUUUUAUUGAUCGAUUUUACCAAUCAUAUGUAAUUUUAUUUAGAUAAUAAAAAAAUUAUGUAUAUAUGUUGAAUUAGAAUUGAGAAAAUUUUAUUUCACUAUUAAGUACAUGUAUGUAUUUAU